UUUCCCUUUUAAUAUUUCCAUUUCAAUAUCAAACUCCAUUUGAAUUUCAAAAAACAAAAAAUCCGACCGUUAGGCAGUGUUCUUACUUCUAUGUGUGUAUAUACAAAGACCAAGAUAUUUAAAGUUACAAUACCCUGUUUUCUUGUGAGAUCUGUCGCAGCCAUAUCAGCAAAACACCCACUUGAUUCUUCUCCGAGCUACCAAAAAGCCAUGGAUGCUGUUCCAGAGAAGAAAGAAAACUCUAGAAAGGCACUGAAGCCUCAAAGGCCUUCGUCAAGUGAGGCCAACAUCAUGGCCGGAGUAUUAGUCUCGGAUUUGACGGAUUCUGCAUUUCCGUCCGGAAAUAACGCCGAGAAAGAGAAUCACGAGAGCUUUCUCCGGAAGAAUCCAAAGAAAGGUGUGGGAGCGUCCAAGGCAAAGAAGCAAAAAGAAGAUUCGUCAUUCGAGAAGGCAUUUUAUGAGAUGCAGGAAAAGCUUGAGAAGUUGAAGAUUGAAAAGGAGCAUACUGAGGAGCUCUUGAAGGCCAGGGAUGAAAUGAUUUUACAGAAGGAGAAGGAGCAGGAGAAGCUGCAGUCUGAACUCAAGAAACUUCAGAAAACCAAGGAGUUUAAACCCAUCCUUAAUUUCCCAAUUCUAAUGGGAGACAGAGAUCAAAAAAAGAAAGAGAAGAAAGUGAAAGACCCAAGGAAAAAGAAGCCAGCCACAGCUUAUCUCUUGUGGUGCAAAGACCAAUGGAAUGAGGUGAAAAAGGAAAACCCGAAAGCAGAGUUUAAGGAGGUGACAAAUCUACUAGCUGCAAAAUGGAAGACAAUCAGUGCGGAAGAGAAGAAGCCAUAUGAGGAAAAGUAUCAGUCAGAGAAGGAAAUGUAUUUGAAGAUGGUUGGAAAUGACAAGCGGGAACAUGAAGCUCUUAGACUACUAGAAGAAGAGCAGAAGCAGAAGAUUGCGUUGGAGUUGCUUGAGCAAUACAUUCAGUUCCAGCAGCAAGAGGCACAUAUGGAAAACAAAAAGAAAAAAAAGGAAAAGGAUCCAUUGAAGCCAAAGAAGCCAAUGUCUGCCUUUUUCUUGUUCUCAAAUGAGCGCCGCACUGCUCUUCUUGCUGAGAAUAAGAAUGCUGUGGAGGCAGCUAAAAUAAUGGGAGAGGAAUGGAGGAACUUAACGGAUGAACAGAAAGCACCUUAUGAAGAGGUGGCCGCAAAGAACAGAGAGCAGUUUGAGCAAGAAAUGAGAUCUUAUCAGAAGAAGAAGGAAGAAGAAGCCGCCUUUCAUGAGAAGGAAGAGGAGGAGAUGAUGAAAAUUAAGAAGCAGGAGGCAAUGCAAUUGCUCAAGAAGAAGGAGAAAGUUCAAAAUCUUAUUAAGAAAACGAAAGACGAGCAUAAGAAGAAGCAGAAGGAAGACAAAAAGAGAGAUCCAAACAAGCCAAAGAAACCUGCUUCUUCAUUCCUCCUAUUUAGCAAAGAGGAGAGAAAGAAGAUAGUUGAAGAAAAGCCAGGAACCAAUACAACCUCUAUUAAUGCAAUCAUUUCCAUAAAGUGGAAGGAAUUGAGUGAAGAAGAGAAACAAGUGUGGAGCGACAAGGCUGCCCAAGCAAUGGAAGCUUACAAGAAGGAAUUGGAAGAAUAUAAUAAUAAGGCAAAGGAGAUUAACAACUGAACGGUUUAUUACUUUUCUGACUGGUUCAAUUGGUUGGGUUGAACUUAAUUUUAGCGACUGUUCUUUUUCUCCCCGCAAUAUGUAAAAGAAAGUUAAUAUGCAAGUCAACUUUCAUCUUCUUCUUCACUAUCAAUAGUUUAAUUGAUACUCAUGCCAUAUAUCAGUAAAAUAUUGUUCAAAUUCAA